GUCUGGGAUUCUGUGAUUCUCUGAAACAAGUUGUUUCAGUUGAAUCUCCCCCACUGAAGCUUUGCUUUAGGGGUAGUUUAAAGCAGCAGGGACCUGGGCAGGGGGGAUGCAGAAGUGGCAGCAUGGAAAGGACCUUGCCCAUCUCCCUGCUCUGGGCUAGAUGGAGCAGCCACAGGAGCAGAUUCCUUCUUGCUCUGCCCAUCUGGUUCUGGGCUGGCUGGGGCUGCCUGGGGGGGAAACGUUUCCCCUCUCUCUCCAGCUGGUUUAGAUUCAGACACACGCCGGUCCAGCCUUUCUCACAGCUCCCUCCCUCCUCGCUCUCCUGCUGCGCCCCAGCAGCCGAGAUUUAUUAGUACAAAUAGGAGCUAAAAGCCUGGUCUCACUGGGAACGGGACAGAGGGAGGGAAUUUUUAGUCUAGCUAAGUGCUGCUUCAGCUGGGCAUCAUCACUGCACCGCUCUGCCCUGUGCUGCAGACACCACAGUCCUGCCAGGGGAGCAUCCAAAAUAAAAGCUGUGAGGAGGCUGCCAAAGCAAGGAAUUGGGGAGAAGCUCCCAGAGUGGGUCCAGCCCUUCCCAUGGCUGCUGGCGUGGGCAUUGCCGAGACAUCAGGCUGACAGUGACUUGCGGAUGGCUUUGCAGUGCCAGUGCUUCACCUGAAUGAUGCUCUGGGGCUGAGCAUGUUUGUUUCUCCUCUGGGGAGAGGAUAAUCAUUUAAUGAGUGGUUUUGGUGCCUGCCAGGGGACUACGUGUGUGUGUGCAAUUAGAGCUGGGCUGGGAGAGCCUGGGCUGGGACUGGAGCAGGGAGCACGCUGCCCCACCACCCUGGGGACUGGCUACCCCAUGAGCCUGCCAGAUUCCUGCCUGCUCUCUGGCUCUGGUGCAGCUGCUGGUGCCAGGGAAUUCUUCGGAGCUGGUGGCAGCCUGGGGGCCGCCUGGCCAGCAGGUCCUGGGGUCAGCAUCCAGAGCUGCAUCAGUGGGGUGGUUUGUGCAGACCUGCGCCCGCUGGACAUCCUCUCAGAGGUGGUGCCCGCCGGUGGGCUGGCCCAUGGCAUGAGGGUGUUCCAAGUGCAGGGGGUGCGUGGUUUCCAGCUGGCUGCCUCGCGGCCCCGAGCCCUCUGCUUCCCGGCCUCCCGGCUCUUCAUCCACUGUGACCGCUUCCCCGAGGAGUUCUCUAUCAUCGUCACGCUGAGGGUCCUCAGUGUCCCUGCCAAGAGGAACGAGUACAUCUUCACGCUGAUGGCGGAGGAGAGCCCCAGCGUGCUGGUGGGGCUGCGUUAUGCCCCCGACAAGCUCCACUUCCUCUUCUGGAGCCAGGAGCGUGCCGGCGGCUGGCAGACCCGCGUCACCUUCCCCAACGUCUCCCUCUCCGACAGCCAGUGGCACACGCUCGUCCUGGCUGUCUCUGGCCAGUCCUUCUCCCUGACUGUGGACUGCAGCGUCCCCAAGGAUGUGUUGGUGGAGACACCGUUUCCAGCCUCUCUGUCAGUGAAAAGAGCCAACUUCUACCUGGGCAACAGGAGGAGGAGGAAAGGCGUGUUCACGGGCUUACUGCGACAGCUUGUCCUGCUGCCAGGAGCCGAUGCCACCCCUCGGAUAUGCACCCCCAUGAACUUUAAAGUAGUGACACUCUCUGUCCCCAGUGUUCUCCAGGAUCUCCCUGCAAAUCCAGCGAGCAACGAGGUGCUAAAAUACCCCUAUGAGACCGACACAAAGGUGACGCUGGGGUCCCGUCCACCCUGCACCAUGCAGGAGAAGGCACAGUUCUGGUUCAACGCCUCCCGGAAAGGGCUGUACCUCUGCAAUGGCAGCACCUGGAUUUCCAUGCUGGAAGUCAAGCAGAGGCUGGACUAUGUGGAGGAGUACCAGGACCUGGUGACCAACUCCGAGACGAUGGGUGUUGAGGUCUUCACCAUCCCCAAAGUGGGACUAUUCGCAGCCACGGCCAACCGGUACACCCCGCCGGGGUCAGCCAUCUAUAAGUGGACUGAUGGGAAGUUUGUGCCCUACCAGAACAUCCCCACCUACCAAGCGCAGUCCUGGAAGUAUUUCACCAUAGGAAAGAAGAUCUUCCUAGCAGUGGCCAAUUUUGAGCAGAAUGACAGGGGUCAGGAGCUCUCUGUAAUAUACAAGUGGAGCCGCAGGAAAGAGAAAUUCGUCCCGUACCAGAGGAUCACCACGCACAGCGCUAGGGACUGGGAGGCAUUUGUCAUUGAGGGAGAGGCUUUCCUCGCAGUGGUCAACCACAGAGAAGGGAAUAACCACAACAUAGACAGCGUAAUAUACAGGUGGAACCCCAGGACAGGGUUGUUUGAAACCAACCAGACCAUCCCUACCUCUGGAGCAUAUGACUGGGAAUUUUUCACCAUUGGGCCGUAUUCCUUCCUGGCUGUGGCUAACACAUUCAAUGGCACAUCCACUAAGAUCUACUCGCACAUCUACAUUUGGCUCAGUGGCUCCUUCCAGCUCUUCCAGUCUAUCCUGACUUUUGGUGCUGCUGACUGGGAGGUGUUUCGUAUUGGGGACAGAGUCUUCUUGGCUGUUGCAAACAGCCACAGCUAUGACAGCGGGAUGCCAGCACCCUCCAACUUCUAUGCCAUCAACUCCUCCAUCUAUGAGCUGAACGUCACUGCCCAGAUGUUUGUCAAGUUCCAGGACCUCCUCACCUACAGCUGGCCAUGGAGCAGCCACCUCACAUGCCCCUCUGCUUGCUUCAUCCCCAGUGCCCUGGACUGGGAGUUCUUCUCGGUGGGAGAUGACUCUUUCCUGGUAGUAGCAAACUCCUUUGAUGGCUUCACCUUCUCCGUUAACAGUAUUAUAUACAGGUGGCAAGGCUAUGAAGGCUUCGUAGCGGCUCACCACCUCCCCACUGUUGGCUGUAGAGACUGGGAGGCAUUUCACACCACUGAGGGCUCCUACCUCCUCUACACCAGUGCCAAGGAGCCACUUUCCAAGGUGCUCAAGCUGAAAACCACCUGAGGUGGCCGAGAUAUGCUCAGCUCAUUGCCAGGAUCGGGGCGAGCUGUGCAUCAAGGUGAAGAUGGACCACAGAGCCCGGGAACAGCAUGGGAUCAGCCCUGCGGCUGGCUGGUUGUGUGCUCCACAGGACGCGAAGGAGGAGGACAGGAGCCCCAGGGCUCCCUGCAGCCUUGUCCAGGGCUGGCAAAGCGGCUGUGACCCUGCUUUGGUGCUGUUUGUCCUGGGCAAGCUUUCCUGCCAUGGUCCAGAGCUGCAUCCUACACAGGGGUCCUGGUGCCCAGAUGCUUCCUGGGGCUCGCUGGCACCCAGCGCUUGGCACACUCCAGCCAGGAGGGACCCAAGUGCCAUUGGUUGUGGCCAGAGCUUGCAGGGAAGAGGCUGAGCAGAAUGCAGUGCUGCCCACCUGUGUGCUGAGCAUUGAGCAGACCCCUGUGCUGCCAGGGUGGGUGCAUGGCGAGGGGAGGAAAUGGCAUGUGAGAAAUGGGGGGAAAACGGUGGCUUUGGGCUUGGCUCUGGCUGCCCAGCACCUGGGGCUGCGAUGCUGCUGAGGACCCAUCUGGUUUGACACUGCCAGCUACCAGGGGCAUGGGAAAGUCCCAAAGCUGCUCCAGGUGAAAUUGUGGCCUCUUUUUGUUACCUCAGCUUUUCUGGGGGACACUUCUGCUUAACCAGAGCUCUAAUAAAUUCUGUGCACCCAGCCUUCA